AUGCCAUCUAAAGAGUCCUACGAGGUUCACAAGGAAGAGAAGUCCCUGGUGCAAAAGGCCAAGCGAGAGGCCAAUCAGGAGGAUAUUCUGGCGGCAGCUCUAGGGAUGAGGAUGGGGCCACAGAAACCUCCAGCCACUUUCUGGCAACCACUUAAACUAUUCGCCUAUUCACAGCUCACCUCACUUGUCCGCAGAGCCUCACUGAAAGAGAACGACCGAGCACCAAAAUCUGAGAAAGUCCACAACUUCAAGGUCCAUACAUUUCGGGGGCCUCACUGGUGUGAACACUGUGCCAGCUUCAUGUGGGGACUGAUGGCUCAGGGGGUCAAAUGUGCAGAUUGUGGUGUGAAUGUCCACAAACAAUGCUCAUCUCUGGUACCAAACGACUGCAAACCAGACCUGAGACACAUCCGUAAAGUCUACAGCUGUGACCUCACGACCCUGGUAAAAGCUUACAAUACAGCACGACCCAUGGUGGUGGACAUGUGUAUAAGAGAAAUUGAGUCAAGAGGGCUGAAGUCUGAAGGCCUAUACAGAGUAUCUGGAUUCAGCGAUUCAGUUGAAGAAGUCAAGAUGGCGUUUGACAAAGCUGGCGAGAAGACAGACAUCUCAGUGAACGCCUAUGAAGACAUCAAUAUCAUCACGGGUGCACUGAAACUGUACCUCAGGGAUUUGCCUGUUCCUGUCAUCUCAUACGAUGCUUACCCCAGGUUCAUUGACGCUGCAAAACUCACAGACCCUGAAAAGAAGCUUGAAGCUUUCCGUGAGGCUUUAGCUCUGCUACCGCCAUCACACUGUGAAACUCUCAAGUACCUCAUGGCACACUUAAAAAGGGUGACACAGAAUGAUAAAUUCAACCUGAUGAACGCAGAGAACCUCGCCAUUGUUUUUGGACCCACCCUGAUGCGUGCUCCAAACCUGGACGCCAUGACAGCACUCAAUGACAUCCGCUACCAGAGACAGGUGGUGGAGGCGCUCAUAAAAAAUGAAGACUUGCUCUUCUAA